AUGAACUUAUCAGGCAUGACCCACGCGGAAGCCAGGUAUUUGUCUAUUCGGCACUCUUCUGACACUAUCAUGGGUAAAUAUAAGGUUUAUAACCCCGGAUCAAAACAACUCAUGUCAGUCAGGAAAAUGAUCUCGUUCAGGAAGGUAGCGCUAACUGUAAGUGGCGUAAGAAACAGAUCGGUGAUAACUGUUCAUGAAACAAAAGUGGCAUCACGUCAUGCCUUUGCUGAUGAACGUCAGAAUGAUAGCAAUUAUCCGACGAUAGAAGGUGUCCAAGGCCCCGAUAGAGAUAUUUCAGCUGAGGAAUCUCGGAAGAUUUUGGAAGAGGCAAUAGAAUACUCGAUACAUGGCCCAAGUGUACAAGGGAUUCAGGGGGGACACGAUGAAUUAGUUGCUUUAGGAAAUGCGUCUGCUACCAACGUCGUUGAUUCUCAAAUUCCAGAAAAUAUUCGGAACUAUUCAUAUUCCAGAAACAUCAGUUUGCAUGGAUGUAUGCAGACGAAUGUUCCAGACCCAUAUAAAGUUCAGUCUGGCCACUUUACUUCACAGCUGGAUCACGGUACACCACAAAACAUGCCAGGAAAUGGCAAAAAACUAUAUCAGAAAUAUAUAUCAGGUGGUCGAAAUGAUGUCAAUAGUUCACAGCCUCCAAGACGUUCUUUUCAUGUAGGCGUUCAACAUCUGUCUCAAGAUACACAACCAAAUUACCAUGGUGCAUUCAUUGAUAAUUCUGUGAAAUCACAAGGUAUUGAAGGUGUUGGUUAUGGGCUUAAAAACUACGAUAAAAAAUAUAAUCAAUUUGGAAUGGAAACUCAAGCUCAUGUUUUCUUGGAACAAGAGGAAAUCAUUCGAAACACAGCAGAAAGAAAUAGAAAAAGUAUUUGGAGUCACCAAUCCAAUGUAUCUCCAGAUACACCGAUGGAUGUUUCUGCAUUAUGCAGUAGCCAGGCCAACGAUGACAUAACAUUUGGACUAUGGUUAGAAAAUUGUAAUGGGUUUCACCUUCACAAAUAUCGUAAAGAAAAUCUACAAUGGUUCAAGAUAAGGAACAACAGUUCAUCCAGAAUCUUUAACCAACAGGACCAAACCAUUUACUCAUUUGUAAUUGGUUGUCAACAAAUGAGGCAUUAUUCAACCUCAAAACAAAACCAAGAUUCACAAGAGGUUGGUAACAACCCACCUGAAUCUGAUCAAAGCCUAGACAAUUCUGCAAAAUAUUCCAGGGCCAAUUUAAAGAAAGCUAUAGCAGAAUAUGGUUCCACUGUGAUCAUUUUCCAUGUUAGCCUUGCUUUGAUGUCUCUUGGAGGGUUCUACGCUUUGGUGUCAAGUGGGAUUGACGUCGUUGGACUCUUGACUAAGGUUGGAAUAGGAGAGAGCAUUUCCCAAUCAAAGGUGGCUGCAGGUGCUAGCACAUUUGUCAUUGCCUAUGCUGUACACAAAGUGUUUGCCCCAGUUCGAAUUGGAAUCACACUCACUGCAACACCAUUCAUCGUGCAGUACCUACGUAGAGUUGGGUUCUUGAAGGCUCCUCGCAAGUCCACUCCAAAGUCAACUUGAUUGUUAAUUUGAUACAGGAUUGGUGAAGUUCAGUUUCUGUACUUUUGAUACAGGGUUGAUGUACAGUUUCUGUACAUAACAUGUUCACAUGAUUGAGGUACAGUUGUAUUUAUAUAUGUCUCCAUAUUUUUGGUUGUCUUGAUCUUCCACUUAAUAAAAGAAACCUAUUCUUAACCCCUUUAUGAGACAGUUUGUCACAACUGUUUGUCACUGAAGUUUUUUUACCUACCAUAGAUUAGUUUACUUUCAUUUGAGGUUGCCUUACAGAAAUACUUCUACUAGUAGAGUUACACUGUUUAAAAUACUGAUCUUGGAAUGUUAUCAAGAUGAUAAUAGAAAAAAUUCCAAAAUUUAGGAAACGUACUGUUACCCGAGUGAAUGUUUCAUUUGAAACUGUAGACAAAUCUUUGUUACCUGUGGAGUAUGACCAUUACUUACAGGUAUUACUAUGCUACCUUUGGAGUAUGACCGUUGUAGGAUACAGCCUCAAGAUUCACAAUUAAGUCACAGAAAUGUGUAGACCAGUUAUAAAAAUAUUUAUUUUUUUCAUGGCACUGUAGGAUACAGCCUUUUUCUCAAGUCACAGAAAUGUAUUGGCAAAUUUGAAAAAUAUUCAGUAAUGUAAUACUUUAGUUCUGUAGAACACAGCCUAAUUCACAAAAUGAAUAUGAAAUAAAAUGUAAAUAAGUAGUUCAUCAAUGUGCUUUAUAGAAAUGUUUAUUUUCUGGUCCAGACAGUAUUGUGAUAGUUGAUAUUAUUAGUGCUUACUUUUAUAUUUGAGUAAGAAGUAUUACAGAUGGUACAUAAAAACUUUUAUAAAAGAAGGAUACUGCAAAAACAAGCGGACAUUUGUUAAUGUCCAAGUUUGACAAUGGACGAUGACAAGAUUUUCCAGAGAAUCAAAUAGAUUUUCAUUUAUCAUUUAUUAAUGUCAGGUUGAUUUAGAACAUUGUUUUACAAGUGGUAAUGGGAUAUUUGUUCUGUUUACAGGACACAUGUUAAAAGGCAGGUAAUAUUUACAUGCUAAUACAAAAUCUUCUAAACAAUAAACUUAACCUGGAGGAAAACAA